GUCAAAAAAUGGAACACACCAGCAGUGUGAGGAGACCUGAAAGUGGCACAUGGCAGAGUGUGGCGAUGGAGACAGCAGCAAUGGGAGGCCGUACAGGGACCCAUGAGAGACUCUGGACUGGCAGCAGCAGCAUGAGGAGGCGCGGUACAGGGGCCCAUGGCAGAUUAGGGGCCUGGCAGCAGCAGCUAUGGGAGGCCCGUAAUCUGCCAGCACCCUAUGACAAAAAAUGGAACACACCAGCAGUGUGAGGAGACCUGAAAGUGGCACAUGGCAGAGUGUGGCGAUGGAGACAGCAGCAAUGGGAGGCCGUACAGGGACCCAUGAGAGACUCUGGACCUGGCAGCAGCAUGA